UAAUAUUACUUUAUGUAGAUGAAAUCAAAUGAAGCUUCUGCUUCUUAGUAUCUCUCGUCUCAUCCCCACAAACCCAAAGAGGCCCAAAUCAAACUUAAACAAACGAGUCAGUGAAAUUUCUCCGUCGAAUCUCGACCUCUCUUCUCCACCGACAAUACGCCACCGCAUCUCGCCGGAAAAAUUAAACCCGCCACCAGUUUUUCUUAAUUUCUUCCAAUUCAGGCGUAGAAUUCUCGAUUUGCCAUCCACCGCUAUUCCCUUUUCUCCCAAUUCAUCAUUUCCGUCCCUUUCUCUUUCAACUUAACAAAUCCCUAAAUCUGAUUCAGUUCCUUCUGCGGCGUGCGAUCUAAUUUAGCGGUUGAAGAUUGAAGCCGAAUACAUACAAUUAAUGAGAUGGCAGCACCACCUAACAUGGAUCAGUUCGAAGCGUAUUUCAGGAGAGCGGAUUUAGAUGGUGAUGGAAGAAUCAGUGGAGCUGAAGCUGUCUCGUUCUUCAUGGGAUCCAAUUUGCCCAAACCCGUCCUUGCUCAGGUAUGGAAUUAUGCUGAUCAGGCUAAAACUGGUUUCCUUGGGAGGAAUGAGUUUUACAAUGCUCUGAGAUUGGUAACUGUUGCUCAGAGUAAGCGAGAUUUGACGCCUGAUAUCGUGAAGGCCGCAUUAUAUGGUCCUGCUGCUGCAAAAAUCCCUGCACCUCAGAUCAAUCUUGCCGCAUUACCCCCACCACGCCAGAAUGCAGUAGCUCCUGCUGCAUCAAUGCCGCAGAUGGGUGUCACCGCACUACGCCCAAAUGCAGUGGCUCCUGCGGUUUCAAUGCCGCAGAUGGGUGUAACUGCACCACGCCCGAAUUCGGUAGCUCCUGCAGCUUCAAUGCCACAGAUGGGGGUGACUGCACCGCAUCCGAAUUCGAUUUCGCCUGCAGCUUCAAUGACGAUGGGUGUAACUGCACCAACAUCAACCCAAGGUUUUGCCUACAGAGGGCAAGGAUUUCCUGGUCCUGCUGCUAACCAGCAAUAUUUUCCUUCCCAGCUGGGUCCGACCAUGAGACCGCCUCAAUCUAUGCCAGCUACUAGCACUCCCCGCCCACAACAGGGGGUUGUAGGCCCGGAUAUUUCUAAAGGAGUUAGUGUGGCUGGCCACAGUCUCUCUAAUCCUAGCAUCUCAAGUGGUUGGAAUAGUGGAGGUCCUGGUACAGUUGCUGCUAGGCCUGGAGGACUAGCUCCAUCACUUCCCUUAUCAACGUCAGCACCACCACUUGCUCCUGUUUCACCAAUGUCCCAGCCAACAACUGUCAACACAAGAGCGUUAUCUGUUUCUGGAAAUGGUUUCUCUUCCAAUUCAGUAUUGGGAAAUGAUUUAUUCUCGACCACAUCAUCCACACUGAAACAAGAGCCGGCUGGACAGAGUUUUUCAUUUAGCAGUUCACCUGCUUCGUCAGCCAUUGUUCCAGUGUCUAGUGGUGCCCAACCUGCAACAAAGAAGAAUGCUCUUGAUUCACUCCAGAGUGCAUUCUCAAUGCAGCCUGUGGGUAGUCAAUUUCAGCGAGGACAGUCUGCUUCACAUCCAAGCCAGCAGAUUUCACCACCUGCUUCUGCUUCACACCCUAGCCAGCAGAUUUCACCACCUGCUUCUUCUCCCCAUGCAUCAUCUGGGAUUUCAGCUGGACUUGGAAAUACUAAUUCUGACAAUUCACAGCAGUCUUGGCCAAAAAUGAAACCUUCUGAUGUGCAGAAGUAUACAAGGGUGUUUACGGAAGUUGACACUGAUAGGGAUGGAAAAAUCACAGGGGAGCAGGCCCGCAGUCUAUUUUUAAGUUGGAGAUUACCUAUUGAUGUCUUAAAGAAGGUGUGGGACUUAUCUGAUCAGGAUAAUGAUAGUAUGCUUUCUUUGAAAGAGUUUUGUUAUGCUCUUUAUUUGAUGGAGAGGUACAGGGAAGGUCACUCUCUUCCGCCAACCCUUCCACAUAAUGUCAUGUUUGAUGAGACACUAUUGUCUAUGUUGGGCCAUCCUAAAAUUCCUCAUGGAGGUACUGCUUGGGGUAUACGCCCAGGUUUUCAGCAGCAACAAGGGACGCCAGGUGCUCGGCCAGUGGCACCAAUAGCUGGUUUGAGGCCGCCGGUUCAAGGAACUUCUGUCCAGGUUAGUGGCAAUAUGCUGCCCAAUCAGCAAAAGUCGGGUGCUCCUGUGUUGGAGGAUUCCUUUAUGAAUCGCACAAAUAAUGGUGAGCAGCAUAUGCCAAAGCCUCAAGAUGCAACUACUACAGAGAAGGCUGAAGAAGCAGAGAAUGUGAUUUUGGAUUCAAAAGAGAAGUUGGAAUACUACCGCAACAAAAUGCAGGAACUGGUUCUAUAUAAAAGCAGAUGUGAUAAUAGACUGAAUGAGAUUACAGAAAGGGCAUCUGCGGACAAACGUGAGGCAGAGUUGUUAAGCAAGAAAUAUGAAGAGAAGUACAAACAGGUAGCAGAAAUAGCAUCCAAAUUGACUGUUGAAGAAGCUAAAUUUCGUGAUAUACAGGAAAGGAAGGUGGAGUUGCAGCAAGCCAUUGUCAAAAUGGAACAAGGAGGCAGUGCAGAUGGUAUUCUUCAGGUCCGUGCUGAUCGCAUACAGUCAGAUCUUGAGGAGUUAUUUAAGGCUUUGGCUGAACGAUGCAAGAAACAUGGGAUAGAUGUGAAGUCAAUUGCAAUGGUUCAGCUUCCUACCGGAUGGCAACCUGGGAUUGCAGAGGGAGCAGCUCUUUGGGAUGAAGAUUGGGAUAAAUUUGAAGAUGAAGGAUUUGCCAAUGAUCUCACUUUUGCAAAACAUGCAUCUCCAAAAUCAAAACCCACCUUCGUUAAAGGAGAGCAAAAUUUCCCUGAUGACAAUUCAGCUUAUGGUUCACCUGUGAAUGCAAAUGGGAAGCAAGAAACUGCUAUUAAUGGUGAUUAUGCAGUUGAAGAUGAAUCUUAUACACACAGUGAAGAUGGCUUUGCAAGAAGCCCUCGUGGUAGUCCAGCUGGAAGGACUACUGUGGAAGACAGUCCAUUUGUGAAAAGUCCUCGAGGAGAUGCAGAAACUAGAAGUUUUGAUGAAUCGACUUGGGGUGCAUUCGACAAUAAUGACGAUGUAGACUCGGUGUGGAAUUUUCCUGGUACCAAGGACUCUGAUGGAGAUUUCUUCAAAUCUGGUGACUUUGGUAUUAACCCAAUUAGAACAGGAUCUACACAUGCAGAUGGCAUGUUCCAGGCCAAGAGCCCAUUUACUUUUGAUGAUUCGGUGCCUGCAACUCCACUUUCCAAGUUCAGCAACUCUCCGAGAUACAAAAACUCCACUUUUGAUGAUUCAGUACCUGCAACUCCACUUUCGAAGUUUGGCAACUCUCCAAGGUACAGUGAGGCAGGGGAUUUCUUUGAGACAUCAAGGUUUGAUUCAAGGUUCGAUUCCUUCAGCAUGCAUGAUGGUGGGUUUUCUCCACAACCAGAGGGGUUUACAAGAUUUGAUUCCUUUAGUAGCAGCAAGGAUUUUGGCUACAGUAGUGAGAAUUUCACAAGGUCCGAUUCCAUGAGUAGCAAUAGAGAUUUUGGCUUAAAUAAUGAUAAAUUCGCAAGGUUUGAUUCCAUUAGUAGCAGCAGAGAUGUUGGGUUCAAUAAUGACAAAUUUUCUAGGUUUGAUUCCAUAAGUAGCAGCAGCCAAGACUUUGGCUACCAUCCUGAGACGUUCACAAGGUUUGAUUCCAUGAGUAGCAGCAGCAAAGAUUUCGGGCAUGCAAGGUUUGAUUCAAUUAGUAGCACCAAGGACUUAGGCCACAGCAGUGCAUUCUCUUUCGAUGACACUGAUCCAUUUGGUUCCUCUGGGCCAUUUAAGGUUUCUUCAGAUACUAAUUCUUCGAAGAAGGGUUCUGAUAAUUGGAGUGCAUUUUAGCCUCUAAACCAAGUUUCCUGUUUCCUUUUAUGUUUCCAUUUCCUUGAUUGUUCAUUGUAGGCCAUUUUUUGUGUAUAGUUAGAAGAAAAGCUUGGAUGGUAUUAUUGUAUUUUGUGGCGUUGAUGUAUUAGUCUAAAGAGUUCUUUUUUUUUAAGGAUUUUUUUUCCUGGGGCUGAUGGAGGAUGUGUAUGAGUGAGAAUGAGAGUGAGUGAGAGAGAGAUGUGAGAUUAAAUGAUUUGAUGUGAUAUGUACUAUACUGAGUUGAAUCGCAAGUCAAUCUCUAUUACGAGCAUUGCCACUUAUAAGAUCUAUUUUUCUUGUAAA